AUGGAACGUGAACAAAUUAUGGAAUAUGUUCAAGAAACGCCUAUUAUUCCUAGAAGGAUUAUUCAAUAUUCUGUUCCAAGGCAAACGAUUACAAAGCCGAGCCCUCAUGUCGAAAUAUUGAUGGCGGCUAAUACUAUGCAGAACAUAGACUCGACGCAGCAUCCCGUCAUUCAUGAUUCUUGGCGAAAUAAAGAGUAUUCAACUCAAAAAUGUCUAGGAAAGAUGGAGGAACAACGAUUGAGUUUUGAGGAGCAUCAAAACGAACAACACCAAAACACCAUUCCGCUGAUUAAGAGAGUGAACACGUUUUUCAGGAAAAAAUCAUCACCUCGAAGAAAUAGCGUUAUAUCCACCGGCGAUGCAAAGGCAGAUGGUUCAAGCUGGAUCGGAAAACAUGUGAGUAAAGAUGUUAAUUUACAGGAGCAGCCCGCCAUAAAGAACCUGGAUAAGAAUUAUCAGGAUGGCCAUGAGGGGAAUAAUAAAACGUGCGGCCUGUUUUCCUUUGAAGAGACACCUCCAGUGCAAGUUUCGAAGCAAAAUCCCGUGAAUUCGCCAUCUGAAAGCGCUUCUAUGACAAAAAAUAAACCCUCAUCUGGCAGUUUCAUCUCACUAGGAUCGAGUGAAGCCGAGCUUAACCCUUUAGAGCCUGCCUCGUCUAGAAGUCCAGCUGAAAGAAAAAGUUUGCGUCCUGAUGAUGGACAGAAUGAUGCAGCCGCACAAGAUUCAAAAAUAACUCCAAUAGAAGAAAGAAAAAAAUUCCUUCAAAUGGAACAAAGCAGGUUGAUUAAAGAAAUUGUACGGCUCGAAAACAUACUAAAUAAUCAUAGGAAGAGAGAAGCUUACAUUAUUCAAGACAAUUCUAGAAAGAAAUCGCUCGAAAGAGACAAUUUCAUCUUUACAAGGGCACCAUGUUCAACAGCAUCCGGUAUUCCAGCUUUUGAAUUCGAUGAUCCUCUUAGAGACAAAUGGACAGCUUUACAAUCUUUGGAAAACAGUUUCGGAGGCAGAUUUGAAUCUAUUACAAACUUAUGUCCGGAAAACGAGCUAAGCACUAUUAAAGAAAGGAAUUUUCAAAUAGCUAAAAUAAAUAAUCUUUGCUCUCAGGUAGAAGAAUCCAUCAAAAGAAGGCAAGACCUAGAAACGAAAUUAAGGGUUUUGUCGGAUGACAAUGACAACGAAUUGCUUUUUUUGAUGACGGAAAAUAAAAGGAGGCAAAAAAGCUCAGCGAUGAUACAUUUUCUAUCUGACAUAACGAAAGAACAGUCGAAGAGAUUUACCGCGGAAGAGCAAAGCUUUGUAAACCAAAACGAGGUAAAACCCCUUAUUUCAGAUCUUUCGGAAAAGAUCAACAAAUUGAACUCCAUCCUGGAGAUGAAGAACACUUGUAUUAGAAUGCUAAGUAACCAAUAA